ACGAGUCUUUCGCUUGCAGUCUCAGUUACUCCAACCUUCCUAAUAAAUUAUUCGUCUGUGAAGUCGCCGCGUUUGGUUCUGUUGGAAGGCGACUACUUCAACCAUGUUUAAGUUUUUUUCGAGGACAAGGGAUAGGAGUUCCGGACAUUUGAAGGACAAACUUGGUCAGGAUCUGUUUUUGUUCAACAAGGUAAGUUUUGGCGGUUUCUUGCCUUCUCUUUGAAUAGAUUAUGAUAACUCCAGGGACAUGUGCUUUUAUAAAUACCCUAAAUUUCUUGCAGGCUGUGGAACAUGGCUUUCCACCAAAACCUUCGGCAAUCGCUCACGAUCCUGAACUGAACUUGUUGGCUAUUGGAACAAGCAAUGGGCUGCUAAAAAUGUAUCCUUUGUUGCAAAGCUUUAAAGCUUAACCUGUGGAGCUAUAGCUCUCCGUAAACCAGACAGUGUGCUUGGCUUUGUCUCCGAACCGUCUAUGACACUUAGACGGAAUGUAAGGUUUAGGAAGGCAAGGAAUUGCAAAAACCUCCUCAUCAGUGUUGUUUGUGGACCCAGGAAGCCUAUCCUACAUCCAUCAAUUCGUAGUCACAAGAAAUUAUGAUUUUAUAAUUGAACAUGUAAGGGAUUAGUUCGAAUACACCUCUCAAAUGCAGCGCUUUUGAGCUGUUCAAAUUUUAACUUUGACCGUUCAGUUGCCUGUGAUAUUGUUUUUACCUUCAACUUGCCAAAACGAAUGUCUCGUGAUUCCUUAGUUACAAUGAAAUCUACCACCAAGACAUUGCGAACCUUCACAACCCUCCCUUCUCAAGAAUAUUUUCUAGCAGCCUAUCGUUAUUUUGCACGCACUACACUUGAUUCCAAGACGAAAUCACACUAGAAAUAUUCAUCCCAAGUUUCUGAAUGUGGUAGUUUACUUAAAAGCAUUUAUGGAUUUCUAAAAUCGCUGAAAUCUUCGGCUUAAAUCGUACAUAAUAGCCUCGAUCGUCCAUUCCUCCUUGUGCCAUCACACGUGUCCUAAGCUAACAACUUCGAUCAAUUGUUCGAAUGUUUCCCGCAUUUGCUUCCGUGAAGGUCUGUUUUCGUGAUAUAAUUGGUUUCAUGUGCACGUUUUGGAAGUAACUGUGUUGUUUCCAGAAAUCCAACAAAAAUGAUCUUUGAUCACGUAGAGGCAGCCUUCGCUUCGCUCCACAGAUACAGUGAUGUGCUUGCAAAAACCCUCUCUUUAUCUGUUGCUACGAUAUAAAUUUUAUUUUUACAAGUGAACCAGCGUGUCGUUUGGUUUAAAUAAUACUAAAUGAUGAGGCUAUUGUGGUUUCAAGCGGGGCGAAAGGAAAGAACGAGUGAAGUAUCUUAUCAACUCAAGUUUCUCUGAUCAUUAUGAAGACCCAAGCAAAAUUCUGCUUUUUGCGUUCGAUUUUUUCUUCGACAUGGUUCCAAACAUAAUUUAGGACAGCCCUGACUUGAAGUUAGGAACUAAGAAUAUCUCUUGACGCUAAUUUACUUUAUUUUGCUCUUGUUUACGAGUAGUACAAGAGUCCUUGUAAAGUUCAGUCUCUAAAAAACUGGAUCAGGUAUUUCAGUCACGCGCGGGGCAUCAUUUUGUUUAUUGCAUAUUUUCCCACGCCUCUUCGCCUCUUCUUCUAUUGCUUCUUGACUUUUCUGUUAGCUAUGGCCGACCUGGCGUGGAACUUUCCGCUCGUCAUCAACUGGAAACGGUGAUUCAAGAGUUACAUUUUCUGCCAGAACAAGUAAGUCAUCCGGUCACUCCUAUCAUACUUGAUCGUGUUUAAAACUCGCUCGACUGAAAUCGACAGAGGGGAAAAUUGAGGGUGUGUGAUAGUAGGGUGGGGCUUCGCAACGAAUUUACUCUAGAAGCAUCCGCUUUUUCGCCAGAAAAAAAUCUAGGAUUUUUCACUAUUGUGUUAAAUAUGGUUUCGAAACUCUUCUUCACCCAGAUUAAGCUUGUCUUCGUACUUGCUCCGUAAUCAGGAAAUCAAUAUAAGCUUAUUUAUUUUGACUUGGUCUAGAAUAAAUUUAGGUGUGAGUUUCAAACAUCAGACUGUCCAAUGUCUAUUUUUGUAAUGUCGUUCGGCAGUAAAGCGAUAGAACAUUUUAUUUCCUCGCUUCACACAUCUUAAAUUUCUUUCACUUUUUGCUCACUUGUGAUGAAAUUCGAAAAAUCAUCUGGAAUGUAAACAAAGGUUCUAGAAUUUAUCCAAGGAUUGAUAUUGGCCAUUGUCUUGAAAUGAAUAAAACCAUUUGUGGUUGUGAAUGGAUUAGGUUGUCUAUCGGUACAUUUCUAUUUCUCUUCUUUCUUUUUGUGGCUUUAAGAGUUUUAGUAGAGGUGUAAAGCAUUGUCCUAGCACUGAUGUGCUGAGAGGCAUUUUGUGAUUAGCUUAAUGUGCUCAGGCAACAUCUUCAUUAGCUGUAGUGCAUGAAGCAGCCUGUUACUUCUGUUACUUGUAGUUUGUGAAAAGCAAAAGUUAUGAAGUACUGUUCUGUUUGUGUAGAAUUUUUGGAGUUUCCAUGCUUGUACUGAGAGUGAUAUUUCUCAGUUAGAUCCUUUGUAUUUUAAUUAUUUUGAAAAUGAAAUUUCAAGCUUUUGCUGUUUUACAGAAUAGCAAUUCUUAAAUAUUGACUCUGGUUUAACAGUUUAAGAAAAUUAAGGUUUUCUGCACUACAAGAACCUGAAGCAUACAAGUGUUUAGUUUGACUCGUGCAAAAUGUGAGGGAAGAAGCUCUUCUCUUUCCUCCAAGGGGUAUUGCGGGCAACGGCAGCUAGAUUUUACCACCACUAGUAGGUGUACAAUGUCAUUCAUGUGACUAACCUGUCCAAAAAGAAAUCAGGUUGGUGGUUGUUACAUACGCUGUUGGAAUUUGCUGGCCUACUUAUAAGGUUACUGGAUACUGAACCAAGACUCCUGGUAAGAGCCUAAAUCCCAUAGUGUCUCCCCAGGAAUCGACAAUCUAUAUAAGAAAACAGGUCAGGAAACCAGCAAAAAUGUUGGGAGAGACUUCAGUAUUCCCUAGACACAUUAACAGCUAGCAAUUUUAACAGCUACUUGUUCUUGUAGUGCAAAUUAUGUUGAUUAGACUAAUCAGUAAAAUACUUGUCUUGAUUAAAAAAAAAAAAAUUUUUUUAGGCUUUCUUAUCUAUGAUUGGUUAACAAAUAAUCUCUGGAAAACAUAAUAAGUACCAUUUGAAAGAGUAGCACCCCAUUGAAGCACUCUUGUUUGUCACAAGACUUAAUUAUAGGAAAAAGUAAGAAUUGAUAAUUCACUGUUAAUUCCUAGAAGUGAUUGAUAUGUAACUUCUCCCCAUAAUAUCCAUUCACUAUCUAGCAAAAAGGCAAUGAGAAUACUGAAACUUAUCAGGUAGAGGUUGUUGUCUUGAUCCAACACCAAAUUCUCAUAACUAAUAAACAAGGAAAGUGUUGCAGCUUGAAGGAAGAAUUGACAAUCAGAUCGUGAGAGUGGAGCUGUUAACACAGUUAAGGCUUGUGCUCAGGGAUUGGAUGUAACUGAAAGCUUUUCUGAGGCUACAGUCAAUUUAAACUGUUUGCCCCUUACCUAGAUGUACCCACACAACAUUUUGAGAGAUUUUUCAUUUUCCCUUUUUCCAACUCUGUCAAGUAUCUCCCAUUUGUGGCAGUUUUUAUGAAAGUCUAUCAACAAAACUGAACAUUUGAAUGUGUUGAUGAUCAGUGAUAUUGGUCUAUCUUAGGUAAAUUAAUUUAUAGUACUAGUCAACUCGUUUCAAAACAUCAGAAACACUCUUGAAGCAUUUGAGCUGUGCAGGAGUGCUGUGGAAUAUUGAAGCAAAGUGGAAGAGCUUUCAAGUAAUGUUUACAAGCAGUAUUUGCAGUUAAAUGUAACAUAACACUUAACUAGAAAAAAUUGAUAUUAGACCUUAGCUAUUAGCAAGUCUUAACAUUGAGAAAAUGAUCUGUUUAAUGACUGAUAUGCCUUAUAACUAAAUUGAAGCCUUUAUUUCUCAAGUUAAGGUAAUACAUGCAAACCUGCUCAAUCAUUGUGAAAAUCCAUGCAUUUUGGCAUAUGCAAAAUUUAUGAAAUCUGUGAUAACACUGUUUUUUGUUUUUUUUGUUUUUUUUCCGAGAUUAAUUACAUAGGAAUCUGUUUCAGCACCAUCAAUUUGCAGAUUCUUGUACAGUUCAUUGUUUUAAUGUGAAGAUCAUUUAAGUUUUAAGAGGACUGGAGUUUACGUCAGCAACAUUGCAUGAAAUAAUCUUUUGGGCUUCUUUUCAAGUGUGGAUAGUUUGAAAAUAACAUUUAAUGUAUUUUAUUUUUGUUUGCAAGGGUUAUUUGAGAUACUCAUGGAUUUGAAAAAAUGUGCACUAAAAUAGCCUGUGUGGACAUUGUCUUCUGUUAAUCCCGUAAAUUCAUGCAUAUGAUCAAUGAUGAUCCACAGGUUGUCCUUACUUUGAUAUGCAAAGGCUGGUAAAUAUCUGUGCAAAAAUAACAAUUACUGUGCUGAGUUCUGUAUCCUUAAAAAAACACAAAGAAGAUAUAGCAUACUGUCUGCUAUUUUGCUAUGAAGUUUUUUAUUUCCCUCUUCCCAAUCUAAUUGUUUUUGUUUUGUUUUGUUUUGUUUUUUUUUUUACUCUAGUGACAAUUUUGGUUUUGUUUAACUUAAUUCAAUGUUCUUGUAACCUCUAGCAUGUUUUCCUUGUGUGAUUUUUAGGGACGUAUCAUAAGUGUUUGUGAUGAUGGAGAACAAAACACUAUCCAUCUUUGGGAGGUUAACAAAAAAGAGGGGAAGUCAGUUCUGGAGGAAGUCAAAACAUGCACACUGGAGGGAAGGUAGACUUUAAAAUAAACUUUGCUUGAGCCAAAUUCUUCAACAACAAUUAUUUCCAUUUGGCACACUGCCAGUCUGACAGACAUUGUACAGAGUUGUAAACAUGAAAUAAUUUUUUCCAUUCUAUGAAAUGUAAAAUUUCUACCAUCUCUUAGUAAGAGACAAAUACCUUGUAUAAACAUAAAAAAAUAAUGAAUGACUUCUGCAUUGCAUGUAUUUUUCUUCCUGUUUGUGCAUACAGCAUAUUACUUCUCUUUGAAAUUAUAAUCUAGAAAAUUUGUGCAACUUUUAUAAUUAAAUUAAAAAGAUUUUCCAGCCAGAUUUUGAUCUUCUGUAAUAGUUGAAAUAAAGUUUCAUGAGUUUUGCCAUAUUUUAUUUUUGAACACUUUAUGAUUUACGCCUUCUCUCCCUGCUGUGCUCAGCUUCGUUAUCUGUGGGAUCUUGCACCAUUUCUCAUGUUAAUUUUACCUUUUGUCUGGUGAUUUCAGACUCAAAAAGAUCUCUGUGUGCUGUCUGUCCAUGAAAACCAACCGUCUUUACCUGGGAACAGAAGGUGGUAACAUCUAUCUGCUGGAUAUAAACUCAUUUGAACUUCAAGAAUACAUCAUUUACCAGGAUGUUGUCAUGCAAAGGUUUGUGUCAUGCUUCCAAAGGUGCAUUUUUAUAACAGAUUUUAUAUUUAUGCAAAUCAAAAAUGUGUUCUUUUGAUAUUCAGUUUUCUUAAAAUAACCAUGACCAUUUGGUGGUCUCAUUUUCCUAUUAAUGGAAUAUUUUCUAUCCAUUUGAAAAAUCAGGAAAACACAUGCUGACAUGUGAUUUUAAUAGAGAAAUAAUACAAAUAUUGUAUAGAGUGUAAUAUUUUAUGUGUUGAAAGUCUUGGAUACUCGCCAAGAAAAAAGAGAAGUAGAAAGAAAGUCAUAGUCUGUAUUGCUAUAGGAAAAAAUUUUUAGUAGUAGGCAAAGUAAACACAGUUUGUAUAUUUGUAUCAGUUGAGAUCACAUAAGGAAAGGGAAAAAGGAAAAAGAUUAUAGAUUAUGGGGUUGAAAUUAUCUCCAAAACAAACACAGGAAGACUUUCAGACUUUGAACUGGCCUUCUUUAGUUUAAAAAGUAGCAAAAGAUAAGAGAUUGGGCAGAUUUUGAACAAGUGUUUUGAAAUUCUAAAUGUUUUCACUGAUCCAAUUUUUGGGUUAUUUUACCCUUUUUUGAGUGAUUAAGCUUCAGCAUGUUUAUUCAAGGCAGUCAGAUUUGGCAAGCUGUUCAUUUUUUGGUUUUUUGUUUUUGAUUUCAAUAAAAUUAAAAAUAUUUAAGUUAAAGUUCCAUCUAAGAAUAUAUCAUUCUGAUGUGGAUAAUAACACAGCUUCGUGAUGCAGAACAAUAAGUGAGCUUCCUCUGAAAUUUAAAUUUACUGCAGUGUCCAGGAAGAAAGCAAGACAAAUGCAGGAUCUGUUGAAGCUAUUCAGGAACAUCCAGAGGAUUCUAACAAGGUUAGAAGACAUGCUAUUAGAAUGUUGUCACAUUGUAUUUUAUUGUGUCUUGGUGGCCCAUUUAAUUUUUGAGUGAACUUUAUAUUGAGAAGUUUACAAGAUAGUAGGAUUUUAGAUAGCAAAAUGAGGAAAAGUUUGGUGAAAAUACUCUACAGAGAACCUCUUCUUGUUCCCUGUUAUAACUAUGCAAGACUAAAAAUGUAUCAAAAUUGUGUGAAAUGUUUCAGUAAUAUUUUACAGGGGUACAAAUGAACCCACAACCAAUGGAAAUGACUUAGGAUAGGGAGGCUUACUCAGAUUUCAAAUAACAAUUUUGAUCAACUGCAGUUGAAUUUUGUCAGAUGCACAAGACCAAAGCAGUUUUAUUGUUAGAAAAAAAAAUUAUCCUACACUUUCCCUACAGUACUUAGAUUUGAUUUGUAAGAUGUGUAAUGCAGGGUACAUACUCGGUUAGAGUAGAAAAGAAAGAGAAGGAAUAAUAUAGAUGAUCCUUAAAAUACUAAGAAAUUUUACCUUAUCCAGUGUUUUACAUGUAGAUAGAGCAAAUCCGAGUUAUCAUUUUCCUUUUCUUUAGAUCCUGAUUGGCUAUAAGAAGGGUUUGGUUGUCUUGUGGAAUCAUGAGCGAUGCAGUGUUCAAGCCACCUUCAGCAUUCAAUCCUCUGAUCAGCCACAGGAGGUCGAAAGUCUCAGUUGGCAUGCGGAUGGAACCAAGUUCAUUAGCGCUCAUGGUGAUGGCAGUCUGACGAGGUGGUCACUGGAGGGAAGCUUAGAGAUUCCCAAGGCUGUCACUCCCCUGGGACCAUUCCCUUGCAAAGCCAUCACAAAAGUGGAGUGGAGUGACUCUUCUGUGUUCUUCAGCGGCGGAAUGCCAAGGGCCAGCUAUGGAGAUCGACACUGUGUCUCUCUGAUUCAGGAUGCCAACUUGGUUGAAGGAGGUGACAACACUCCUCAAGUGGCUUUUGAUUUCACUUCACGUGUGAUGGACUUCUUUACUGUGAAAGCCAAUGGGGCAGGUAAAUUAAAAAAAAAAGAAGCUUUUUUGCAUUUUCAGUGUCUGCUUUUUUGAUUGGAAGGUGCACAGUGAUUGCAGCCUAAUCAUCAAUUUUGUAAUUGUGUUUGUAUUGUCAUGAGUAAAGCAUAUUAUUUCCAUGCAAACCUCUGUCUGGCUGCCCUGUGACUCCAUCCUUUCAGCCUUUGGUUUAUUUCUUUUUUAUCAGAUUGCACAGUAACCCAAUGAUAGUUGUGUUUUAGUCAGUAUCAAGCAAUUUAUCCAGUCAUGUGCUAACCAGUUCCAAUAUGGUUAGCUCCCAGACCCCAAGUGAACCCCUUAUUGUUCUUCACUGCUCUCCUUCAUCUGAUCCUUACGCAGCCCUUUAUCUUAAUCAGAAAUUUUCUGUUGAAAAUUGACUGUGUGUUCUUUCAAUAGAUCCAGCUUACUUGGUUGUGCUGUGUGAAGAAGAAUUAGUUGUCAUUGACUUGGUCACCAAGGAGGCAGGGUGAGACAAAGCCCUUCAUGUAAUAAAAUACUUCAAUACCAUUUUUAUAGAUAUUAAAAAAACCUUGUGUAUGUCUUUAGUUAAAAGCUUUGUGUAAAUCAUUUUUUUAAUUUGUAUUCUCACUGAGUUUUUUUUUUCUGCACAGGUUCCCCACCUUCAUGAAACCCUACUUGGUGUGCCUGCAUUCUUCCCCCAUCACAUGCUCAUAUCAUUGCCACGACUGUCCUCAAAGUGUGUUUGAUCAGUUAUUGACUGCUGGGAAGAAACAACUUCAAGUGGACUUCUCAAAUGAGGUAUGUGCAUUGUCACAAACUCCUAUUCUAAAAAGUUGGACAUUUGAAAUGUACAAAGGUUGUUGUUUGCGAUAAAAUUGAUUUUAUUAAAAUGAGCUCUACUUUGGUCACCAUAGAGUUGGCCCAUAACAGGAGGCAAGACACUGAUAGACGAUGAUGAAACCAAGGAUCUGCUGAUUACUGGGUAAGCUUUUUGUUUAAUAGCAGAAUUAUUUCUAUGGUCCAUGAAUUACAAUGCAUCUGUUUUGGAUUCAUGAAAGUCAGCAGUCAGCCAAAUUUGUCUGUUAUUCAGGGUGGCUUAGGUUUUAGUAACUUGGGGUGCUCAGCUCUGAAAAUCUGUCUUAAAAACAGAAUUAUACAAGAACGUUAAUGACAAAAGUUAAUAGACAGUGGAGGGGUAGGUCUGGUAUUGCCUUAUCCUUAUAUGCUCUCAAGAAAGUCUGCCUUCUAAGAAAAAUUAUUUAAAAACCUUGACAGGCCUAGCUGAAAUGUUGUUUUCUGUGUUGUUAUACUCAUGUGUUAACCCUUAAACUCCCUCCUCAUGAGCUAACAAGACAUAAUUUCUACCCAUAAAACUAAUAGAAUAUCAAACAGAGAAGUGAUGAGAGUGAAGAAAAGUAUCAAUUAGGGGAUUAUUAGUUGAUGUAAUACCAAAUUCCCCUUACUAGCUUCAUAAGAUCAGUGCAGCAGACAAUAAGAAGAAUUGUUAAUGAGACCAAAUUACUUGUAUAUAGUUUCUGACACUUCAAGACCAACAUAUAAUAAACAAGGUUUAAUUGAGGACACCAGUGUUUCUUUUCUUUACAACUUUAUGACAAGGUGAAAGGUUAAAUGAAAGACUGAGAGAUAAACCAAACAAAACGCUGAACCACAUAGUUUCUAUAAGUACCUUAAUUGUUCUUGGAAAGCAACCAGCUUUUUUUCCUUUGUAUUUCUUCAACAGGCAUGAAGAUGGUUCCAUCAAUUUCUGGGAUGUGUCACAGCUUGAAAUGCAGCUCAUCUACACCCUUCACACUGCCAAGUAUUUUGUUGGGGAACAUGAAGGUCAUGAUUCUGAGCCCAGGGAUGCAGAAGAAGAAGUUUGGCCACCAUUUAAGAAAGUCGGCAACUACUCUCCUUACUCUGAUGAUCCACGAUUUGCUGUGACCAAGAUCAUUAUGUCUCCAAAGUCAAAGACUCUGACAGCUGCUGGUAAUGGAGGGCAGGUCCUCAUUUUUGACCUGUGUGAAGAAGAGACUAGUGUGGAAGCACAGGUAUGAGCAGUCAAGACUAAAGAAUUAGCUAGUGAUUAUUUCUUCAUGGAACUAAUUGUGACCCAUCGGCAGGCAAUUAAAACAAUUGGUUUUGAACAUUGUUCAGGAGGUGUUCUGACAAUUUGUUUAUUUUUCCUCAUUUAAAUGCACAAACAACAUAUAACUGAAAUGAUUUGUUCCAUCUAUCAGAUGGUCGAGAUUGACUUCACUGAAGACAAGGAAAAUUUCCAGUGGAAAGGACAUGGCCCUUUGCUUCCCAAGGAAGGUUCAAUCACUGUUCCUGCAGGAUUUAAACUGCAAACUGGUCUUCAGCUCAUUCCAGCAGCACCAGUCAGUGCACUUGUUGUGGAAGCACGCUGGGGACUCUUGGCAGCUGGAACUGUCCAUGGCUUUAUUGUGUAUGAUUAUCUUAGCAAGAAGACUGUUACAACGAAAUGGACUGUCAGCCAAGGUAAGAGUGGAGUUUUGAAAUCCACUUGAACAAAGUAUUGGAAAUCAGACUCUAAAAUUUGCAUGUGUUCUUCUCAAACCAUUUCAACUUUUUUGUUACUAAUUUUUACCUCCUGAUGUUAACCCUUUGACACCUAAUAGUGACCAAGAAAGAAUUUCUCCUUACAAUAUCAAUACAAUCUCAAAUAGAAAAGUGGUGGAAAUAUAGAAAAAUAUCAAUGAGUGGAUUAUCAUUUGAUUCAAAACCAAAUUCUCUAAACUAAAAUUAUAAGCAAUAUGUGGAAGACAGUGAGAAUAAUUACUAAAGAGAUCAUAGGAGUGAAAGGGUUAACCCUUUGACUGAUAGAAGUGGCUAAAAAGGAAUUUCUGUGGAAAAUAUGGAUUUAUUUUGAUACAGAAAGGUGAUAAGAAGAAAGAAAGGGAAAAAAUAAAAUUUAGGAUAGUUUUUUGAUUUAAUGCCAAAUUUUUAGAGCCAAAGUUUGUAGGGAAUAUAUGGCUGAUGAUCUAGAAAUCAUCACUCAGAUUAGUAGUAUGAUACAUCUAGAUUUUUUUUUUUGAACUUUACAUUGAAUUCUCAGGUAAAUGUGAUAUAAAUCUAUAUACUAACAACUCCAAUUUGUGUUUUUUCUUUUCAAAGAAACUGAUAAUGGAGAGCAUCUUUCCAGACGUAAAUCCCUCAAAGAGAGCAUUCGAAGAUCCUUCCGGCGGUUACGUUCUCGCAGAGGAUCCCGAGGGGCUGCAGAUAGGACCCCCAAGAAAGAAGGAGAAGCUCCAGCCUCUCCUACGCCAGAGGCUGUGGCUUCACCAGUGUCCCGCCUUGUUGAGGAAAACCGUGUUGAUGAGAGCGUCUUAAGUAUGGUGCGCUGUUUGUACUUUGUGGACACUUACAUCAGAGAUGGUAAGAAGUCACUCUGUUAUUGGUUCUGAAACAACUGCAGCAUACACAGAAGACUUUUUUCUUUUACUGUCUUAAAGUUUGGAUGAAGAAAACUUUCUUUAUGCCCAACCAUGGCUAUUUUUGUGGUCAUGGAUUUCAGUUAUCACAAAACUACAUGUAGUUUCACCAUAACUAUUUCUAAUACCAGUUACCUUGAAUCUUCCUUCUGGCAUUAACUGGAUAUCCAUCUGUGUUUAUCUUCAGGGGUGCACCACUGCCCUUCUCUCUGGGCUGGAACAAAUGCCGGUCACAUUUAUGUGUGUUAUUUGACCAUCCCUGAGGAAGAGAAGAGAUCUGAGGAGGAAGUACAGGUGGAGAUUGGAAAAGAGAUCAAACUGAAACACAAAGCACCGGUUGUGUCCAUGUUUGUGGUUGACAAAGAUGGAUUGCCACUUCAAGGAGAUAUUAUUGAGGAUAAUGAAAAAGGUAAUUUUCAGCUGGGCCAUUGUGCCCGGUUCUGAGACACUCAAGGGGAAGAAGAAAUUAGCCACUUGCCUCAAGAACUGAGUACAUUUUUCUUUUUGAGUUUUGGUGGGAGAUCAAGAGGACUGAGAGGUUCAAAGUUACUUUCUUCCUAGAAAACCUGGUAGCAAACCAAAAAUUGAUAGACUCAUUGUCUUUGCUGCUUAUGUUUAGUUUUCAAACCUGAUUAGCUUACCUCCUAAAACAACAGAAAUCUUGAGAAAUCUCUCGUGUUCAUGUUUUGUUUUUUGUUUGUUUGUUUCAAUGCAGUGUUGAAGUGGUAGAGAGUGCAGACUUGAUUCAACAGCUAGUAAAAGUGACCACUAAAUCGAGUACAUGAUUUUCAAAAGAAUAUUUUCACAGAGUGAAGUGAUGUUUCCUACUUGGGUCAUAUUUUGUGACAGAGAUAAAAAUGCUCAAACAACCUGCACUGAAUGUCAUUUGUGUCCCUUCUACUUUUCCCACUACCUUAGAGCCCGACAUGAGUGGAUCACACUCCUUAGUAAUUUGCUCUGAGGAACAGUUUAAAGUGUUCAGUUUGCCACAUUUGAAGGCCCGUAAUAAAGAGAAACUCACUGCAAUUGAUGGCUCUAGAGUGCGCAAGAUUGGUCUGAUCAAUGUUAGAAGCAAGAAUGACGAUUCUGGAAUGGUGUACCACUGCCUUGCAUGUGUUAGCAAUCAAGGGGAUUUGAUUGUUUAUUCUAUUCCAAACCUCAAAAUGCAAGUCAAGGCCUCAGCAAUGAGAAAGUCUGAUGUGGAUGCCAUUAAAUCCCUUGUGUUCUCCGUUAGUGGUCAAGGAUUCUAUCUCAGUUCACGAAGCGAAAUGCAACGCUUUACUCUUUCUGCCACUGACUUGUAAGUGAGAUUCGUUAAUGGAUGGUUUAACCAUUAGAUUUCCACAAUGAUGUUAUGAUAUAAGUGUAAAAAGUAUACUCAGCACUUCAUGAAAUAACUCUUUCUAUCUUGUAUAAUCACAACACUACACAACUUGUACCCAAAUCUUUUAUCUUCAAACUCUUGUUGUAAGAGUAAUUAGUGUAAAAAUCAAAACCAAUGUAGCCACCAAAGCCACUCAGAACAAUGGAAACUAUUACAAAGAGCCUUGGAGAACUUAACCAAAAAGAAGUACAUGUAAACUUUCUGAAGCGUGGGGAAACACGAGCUACCAAGUUGCCAUUAGUAUAAGUUUUGAAUCUAACAAGGUCAUUUGUUAUUUAUAACUGAGUUGAUAAUGUAAAUUGGUCACCGUUUAGAGUUUCAAAGCUGACGUUUCGAGCGUUAGCCCUUCUUUUGCUCUGACGAAGGGAAAACGCUCGAAACGUCAGCUUUUGAACUCUCGAUGAUGGUCAAUUUACGUUAUCAACUCAGUUGAUAAUACCAAAUUACCCUGUGAUACUCUCCCACCGACGCAGCACCCCAGCUUCUUUGGAAACUUUUGGACCAAUUGCAUAGUUUAGUUAAACAAGUCAGUUUUAUGGGAGCAUUACAUACUGUUUGAAAUCUGGUCUGAAGUUUUUCAUCUGUUUCUCUACAGGUUGAAGCCAGACUGUGUGUUGGAACUUGCUGAAGGAAUGAGACCUGCUGAACCAGAACCUGCAGUCGUUGAGGAAGAGGCAGAAGAAAAGAAAUCCAGGAAGAGUUCAACUUCCAGUUCCUCGUCAUCUUCUUCAUCUUCCGACGAUGAAAAAGAUGAAGAGAAGAAGAAGGAGAAAAAAGAAAAGAAGAUGAAGAAGAAAGCGAAGGCUGCUAUAGAGGCUGUGGCCUCAGCGGAGGUUGCCACUGAAGUUGCCGCAGAAGUUGAAGAGAAGAAGGAGGAAGUAGAGGAGAAGAAAGAGGAAGUAGAGGAGAAAAAAGAAGAAGCAGAGCAGAAGAAGGAUGAGAUGGUUGCUAAGACCCAAGAGGUUAUUGCUGUUCUCCCAGGUGAACAAGGAACAAGGAUAUCGGAGAAAGUGUUCGUUUCCGAGGAACGAUCGUACACCAAGCAGACAUCAUCAUCGGAUAAAGAAGGUUUCCCAGAACUGAUGUUGAGUGGAGAAGGUGGCACAUUUUCUUCAUCUACAGAAACGUCCUCCUCUUCAUUUGUCACCACACGUGUUGUUAGCUCCAAGCAGGUCGUCACAUCAUCAUCCACUACUCAACGAAUUAUCUCAUCGGAAGGAUCUACAAUUCAAGCGAUUGAAAAUGGGGAAUCUGAAAAGGUAUAUUUUCUAACAUUAGAAUCAAAUUUUCACCCUUACAUUCCCAAGAUCUUAUUGGUAAUUCUCCCUGUUGUCUGCUAUAUGAUGUUGGUUCUGAGAACAGGGAAGCGAUCAGAGUUUUUCCUAAGGCAACCACUUUACCAUUGAAGGCAACUUUCUGAUAAAUUGAGCAUGGAGCUCUAGAAUUUGAUAUUGAAUCAAAUAAUAAUCCCCCUAAUUGACAUUUUCUUUAUUCUUGCCACUUUUCCGUUUGAUAUUGUAUUGAUAUUGUAAGGAGAAAUUCUAUCUUAGUCACUCACGAGAAUAGAAGGAUUAACUUAAUAAGUGAUUGGCUUUGUAUGAAUUGGAUUUAUGUUUUUCCUCUUUCAUUAAACUGAAUUUUUUUUGCAACUUUCCCACCCAUUCUCGUUGUAUUUUCAGUGGUCAAAGACCCAAGUACAGUGAUCUGUUUAGUGUGUCUAAUUAAAAGCUUUACUGUAUGUUUCAGCUUAUGUUGAAUGAAUCAGACUUGCAGAAAGCAGCUGAAGAUAUGAUGAAUGAUGCUCAUGACGAGGUAAGAAAAUCAUUUAUCAACUUUCUGUCUUUAGUGAAGUGUUUACGUUAGAAAUCUGUUGUUGGUUUGAUAGGUCUGUCAUAUUGGUCACCAAGGAACAAAAACAUCAAUUCUUUGAACAGACUAUAUUAGUCAAAAACUCUUUAAAUGAGGAUAUCCUAUCUUAACGGCUCACAACGAACAUCCUUAGUUUUGUUGAGGUGGAACAUCUCCGAUUUGGUUCAGGUGCAACUUUUAAGACUAGGCGGCUCGCUUCGAGAAUCAUUCUGUAAUAGGCAGAUGUGUAUGGCCUUCAUUGGUUAUGGAUAACCGUGUUGGAAUCGAAAUAAAUCUUUGAAAUAGUCACUUUUAAUAGGCUAUUUUUUUUUUUUUUUUUUUUUUUUUUUUUAUUCUUGAGCAUAGAAUCGCUACCUUUGUAUUUAAUGACUCUGACGUCAGUCACAACUACUAACAACAGUUCUUCUCAGGACUACACUCACCCAGACGUUUAGACCACAUGAUCACUUUUUUAUUAUGUUAAGCAAGCUGCUGAUAGUAAUAUUUGUUUUGUGUGCUGAGGAAUGUUUAUUUUUGCCAUAAUUGUUUUUAGGUUGAGCAAGCUUCCAGUUGAGAAAGGCAAUCCUUUUAGAACAGGUCCGAGUGAAGUUAUUUUCUUUCCAUUAGUGGUUUUUACGUUGGCGUUUUUGUUCUGGUGUCGUUUUAAGUGUCCUUUCUCUCUGCUUGAGCUCGUUAAUCUUUUUCCAUAUAAUUUUGUAAAAAUUAAAACUACAGCGGCGUUAAUGUAAAUUAAUUUUGCAUUAGUUUCUGUUUUGAGCUUCCAUCACAGUCCUGAAAGUUUUCAGUUAAAAAAAAUAUAUAUAUAUAUUAAGUUGGAGCUUGUUUAAGAGCUAAAGAGAUUGCUGUUUAAGUUUUUAAACCGUAUUAACCCUUUGACCCCUUAGUGUGACCAGCAUCUAAUUUCUGCUUUCAAUAUCAACCAUGAAUCACAGUUAAAAGUUACGAGAAUGAAGGAAAUGAUCACCAACUAAAGAAGCUAUUCGUUGUAAAACAAAUUCUCCUUGUCAGAACUUUAGGAAAUGUAUUGAGAACAGUAUGGAGAAUAUGCACACUGAUGAUAAGGUGAAAGGGGUUUUAAAUGAAUUGGGUUGGCGGUCAUCUAAGAGCUGAAUAAAGUGCGGUUUAGGCUCAUAAAUUUUAUCACAGAAGGAAAAUUGUACAACACUCAACAUGAACCAGGAUGAAGUAAACUAUGAAGUUCUGAAGGAAACUCAAAUCAACAUUUUGGCAUUUUUGUUGUGCUUGAAUUUCUUAAGCUUUUUCAUCUGGAGACUUAAAACGGGUUUUUACAUUUCGUAAGACUUCCUCUGAUUCUAAAAAUAAUCAAUAUCUUAAACUUGUGUUACGGACCUACUUUCCAGGCCCAUUUACAGUCUUAAACUGAUAGUGUUAAAACGUCUCAGUAGAACUCUUAAGUGUCUACCUUCCUUAGCCUAAGCUGACCAGUUAAAAAUGACCAUCUUCAAAGCUUAAAAACUUCACUUGAGGGAUCCUAAAUACUAAACAUUAUGACAAAAUAUAUCUGAAGUCUUCCUUAACAAACUUAAACGUAAGCCCCGAGGUUUUUUUUGUAAAAGAAUUGUCAAAGAAUAAUCAAUUUUUGUGUUAAACUUGUAAAAAUUAAUUUUAAUACUGUUCGGAUUAAUACUUUGUACUUUGUAAGUUUUCUCACAAUCUUGUUGGAAUCUCUUCUUUUCAUAAAAUUUAAUUGUGCGGGGGAACCUUUGCCAGAUAGUCUACUUCGCACCCUUUGUUUGGUCCCGUCACGCAACUGCCAAGAUGGGGAAUGGAAGACAUUGCAUGGUGAGACGAAACAAGGGUUGUGAAAGAGACCACUCUUCCAGCUGGCAGUUCAUAAGUAAUAUAUCUUGUGAGAAGUUAAUGUUAGUGAUAACAAGAUGCUAUUUAUGUUUCAAAUGAGUGUCAUACAGCACAUGUAUUACAAAACAGGCAUUAGAAAAUGAACCAGCUAGACCUCAAAAGGGAGAAUUAGAAUCAUUACUAAGCUCAAAAGGCGUGAAAUCAAUUUUGUGUCAGUUAAGUUUUCAAUAUUGUUUAGUUAAAGUUGUCACCCCAGUCUUAUGACCCAUUAGAAAGGAGCCUUUUCAGUCAACUAUGGGAAAAAAUGGAGGAUUAAAUCCAUUUCGUUCUGUGAAUUGCGCCAACUUUUCAACCAAUCGGAUACAAAGUCAACACCAAUCACGACUUUAUCGUCUCUUUUCUCGCGCUUCGGGCAAUUUGAUUGGCUUUUUUUAAUACCGAAUUCUCAUUGGCUGUCUGUGAAUCGUGGUCAAUGCCAUUUUGAAUACGUUUUGACACUCAAAUGAAAAUCACCGAGUUGGUAGACAAGGUGAGCUUCCUGAUGAUUUAGUCGACUCCUGUGACAGAAGCAUUGAAGCCGAAAGGCCUAACAAAGUUUGCCUGUAUAGGGUGAUGUAGGAAUACAGAAGUCUGACUUCAGCUCUUGUUUUUAUUUCUUCUACAGAUGGGUUCUAUUGAUUCUUCUGAUAAUGAUAAAGAACUAACCUCAGCUAAAGGAAAAGGAUUCAAGAGCCCUGGGAAACUAUUUGUGAAGAGGAGCACUGGAGACGAUACUGUCGAGACUGCAGGCUCCUGAAUCUUGACUUUGGUGUUAGCCUUGUAUUCAGUACCUUUUAGGGACACGCAAUUUUGGCCCAUUUUUUCUUUUUCUUUGUUUCUACUAGUGGAUGGAUAAUCACAGUAGGCUUUUGGACGUUUUGUAGCCAACUGAGUUAAAUAGCUUCACCAAGUAAUUAGUUAUCACAAAGAAUUGUUCCUUUAAUUGGUUAAUGUAGUUUAUUGUCAACGAGAAUCAGACAUAAUUGGUAGAUUAACGUGCAUCACUUGAAAAGCAAUGGUGACGAACUCUGAGUAUGCAAGAGAUUUAAAUACAAAACAAGAAUUGAUUUUGCAGAUAUGAAUUUCAAUCUCAGCUACGCCUCAACCAUCUUGGACAAGGCAUCUUUAUUUAAUUGAUCCUCAAAUGUAGCAGUCUUUUUUUGUGCAAGAGGAGUUCUUUUUUUUUUUUUUUCUUUUUUUUUCCUUUUUUUUUUUUUUUCAGGAUAUAUUCCGAAUGAUAUUUUCGCAAAGAAAUGGCAUGCUUUCCGUCUCCAUUCAUCUCAAAAAUUCCCUAUCGCUUUUCAUUUUUGUUUUCUUAAUUAGAGUGAACUUGUGGCUCGAUUGUUUGCCUGUUCAUGAGAAAGUGACAAGCAUUUGUGCUUAGUCCAGUGCCUUACACUUGAAUUAGGUUUUUAACUGUAGUAUAAUUGUUUUAAAGAGUGGCUCUAAUUAAAGGUCGUUCUUGUUAAAUCCACUUGUGUUCCUUCUUUAAUACUGUAGUACUCCUCUCCCAUGGUUGGUCUGCCCACCCACCGUAGUCGAUCUAACACAAAAAUGAUGAGUGUGAACUUCAACAAAUAAAGCGAAUCCGAAGAAAGCAUCUGUGGUUGUGGUGGUAACCCUAUCACGGCAACCUUUAGGGUAGUCCACGUUAGAAUUGCUUUUUCGUUUUAGUUUAAGAC